AUGCCAAGGCUUGCUGCGUUGCAGGAUGGCAAGCGGACACGUGCGAGGCGGCUGUCCAAGGCUCUGGUGCUCAACCGGGUUAUGGACGUCAAGACGCCGCUGGUGGAAGGCAAGGCCAAGGCCAAGGUAGUGGGAGGAAAGGGCAAGGGCGAUGUACUGUACCUUGUUCUCAGCCCAGUGGAGAUCCGGGGCGCGGCCGCCAAGAACAAGCCGUCGCGGUUCCGGUUCGAUGUGGCCGACGUGGUAGAGGCUGUGCUCGACGGCGACGUGGUCCGUGUGAUGGUGCGGAGCGAGACAGCGACGUUUGCGCCAGGAGCACCCGUGGUGGAGGGCGAUGCGACGCCGCCGACCGAGGCGUUGGCGAUCAUGGCGUGCAGUGGCGGCCCGCCGAUUUCUGUCUGGCACGACGCGCUGGAGCAGGCGAUCCGGUUUGCGGCCGCGGUUGCUGCCGAGCCGAGCAUUGCGGUGCGGAUGCGCAAGAUGGGUGGGCACGAGUUUGUCAUUGCGCGUGCGAUCGGGGUGGGGACUGGUACCGACUUUGCCGGGCCGUUUAAGACUGCGGCGCUUGUGGAGGCGACGUCGCGCGAGUUGCGGGUGUUUGACAAGGUGGGUAAGCCUGCGCGGGUUGUGGUGCCGUGGGGCGAGGCGUUUGGGCGGUGCCAGGACCUGUCGGACCCGUUUGUGGUUGUGGUUGUGGGCACCGGCGACGGCGACGAUGGCGGCGAGCCGCUUGUGGCGCUUCGAUUUGAGAAUGCUGGGGCUGCCGGGCGAUGGAAAGACAUUGUGGCUGGUGCGGUGAGCGCGGUCCGCGAGGCGGGCGAAGUUGUGGUCAAGGAGACCGAGGUGCUGAAGGAGGGCAUUCUGAAGAAGGGCACCGAGUCCGGCAAGUGGGUGACGCGGUACUUUGAGCUGACGCCGGAGCGGCUCGACUACGCCGGCAAGAAGGGCAAGCCGCUGAAGGGCUCUGUGGAGCUGAUGGACGUGCUUAAUGUCAACCUUGAAGAGCCCAAGUCGAAGCACACAACCCAGAGCGGCAAGACACUUAAGUUCCCGACGCCCGGGUUCUCGAUUGCGACGCGAUAUCGGACGUUCUACUUUUCGUCGCGGAUGAUGGGCGACUGCCAGGCGUGGGUCCAGGCCAUCCGCGAUGCAGUGGCGGCGCUUGUGGCGCGCGAGAAGGAGGCGCUCAUGGCUGUCUUGCGCGAGGAAGCCGAGGUGACAGCGGCGCUCGAGGCCGGGCCCGGCGAGUCCGAGGGCGAGAGUACGCGCAACGACGACGACGACGACGAUGAUGAUGACGACGGCGACGACGAUAUUGGUUCUGGCGGAGAGGGCGAGAUUGAGGACGCGGCUGGGCCUGGGCCUGAAGUUGCGGCCGAGGCUGAUGGUGUGGUUGAGGUUGAGGCUGAUGGUGUGGCUGAGGCUGGGGCUGAUGCUAAUGCUGAUGCUGAUGCUGAUGCUGAGGCUGAGGUUGAUGCAGAGGUCGAUGCUGAUGCUGAUGCUGAUGCUGAGGCUGAGGUUGAUGCUGAGGUCGAUGGUGUGGCCGAGACUUUGGCCGAGACUGAGGCCGAGGCUGAGACUGAGGCUGAGACCGAGGCCGAGACCGAGGCCGAGACUGAGACUGAGGCCGAGACUGUGGCCGAGACCGAGGCCGAGACUGUGGCCGAGACUGAGGCCGAGACUGAGGCCGAGACCGAUGUUGUGGCCGAGACUGUGGCCGAGACCGAGGCCGAGACUGUGGCUCAGACCGAUGUUGUGGCCGAGACUGUGGCCGAGACCGAGGCCGAGACUGAGGCCGAGACCGAGGCUGAGACCGAUGCUGCGGCCGAGACUGAGGCUGAGACCGAGGCCGAGACCGAGGCCGAGACUGAGACUGCGGCCGAGACCGAGGCCGAGACCGAGGCCGAGACCGAGGCCGAGACCGAGGCCGAGACCGAGGCCGAGACCGAGGCCGAGACCGAGGCCGAGACCGAGGCCGAGACCGAGGUCGAGACUGAGGCCGAGACUGUGGCCGAGACCGAGGCCGAGACCGAGGCCGAGACCGCGGCCGAGACCGAAGCUGAGACCGAUGCGGCCGACACCGCGCCCGAGGCCAGCGCACAGGCUGUUGAUCCCAAACCCACUCCGCUCCCGGCCCACCUUCAGGCGUCUUUCGAUUGGACCGCACCGGCAACGCCCGAGCCCACGGCACCCAUCGCCGCUGUCUCGACUGCACUCGACGACUUUGACUUUGGCGCCGUCGAGUUUGACGACGAGUGAUACAAGCUGCUGCGCCCUCCGAAUCCGACUCCCCAUACCUUCCUCAUCAAAGAAGCAACCAUGUGUA